UAGCACACCACCAGAAAAGCUAUGUUUAUUUGUUGUGUAAGCUUUCUGCAAGUUAGUAUUCAGUUGCGGUCCUUGUAGCUUUCACUACAUUUAUUUAUUUUUUCCCGAAGUAUGCAGCAAAGUGAAACGUUAGAAAAGGUCAUUUUUAUUGGAUCGGCUCAGCAUGACAGAAAGAACAAGCAGCGACAAACCGAGGCGAAGCUUGUCACUGAAGAAGAAGAAAGGCGAUGCUAAAGCUGGGACUCCGAUCACCAACUUCUUCAGCAGCCAGCCUCCACCGAACCUGGCCUGUCCCCUCUGUGGACAAUUAGUCCCAAGAUUCAAGAUCAAUGAUCAUAUCGAUCUGCAGUGUCAGAAAUUUGAUAGAGGAGACAGCACUGCAGCUUCUGGAGGUAGGAAUGAUUAUUCAGGGCUCCAGCUGUCACCUGGAGGCGAUCUGUCAAAGUCCCCGGAGCAGGACCAGAAAGAGGACGCAAAAACCAAAACGAGUCCGUAUUUUAAGAAGAAUAACUCCCAGCAAACUCCACGGGACAUAAACAACAAAACUGUGGUCAGAAGCAUUGACCUAGGAAGUCUGUCUUCAAAGUUAUCCAGAAAGUAUCACAAGAAACAUGCAGAGGUUUGCAACACGUCUGAUCCGAUGAGCUCAUCCAGCAGCUCCCAAAAGGAAAAUGUCCAGACUUUAGAAGACAGCAAUGAUUGUAUUUCUGCAGUGACAGAAGCUCCAUCGCCACCUGCAGAAAAACAAUCAGACCAAUCAAUGGUUUCAUCUGAACAGCCGCCUUCACCGGCCAAGCAAAUGAAGAGAAAAAAGAAAGCCACCUUUAGGGCCAAGGGAUCUCUGAUCAGAAAGAAAGCGAAAUAUGAAGGCAGCAGUGGAGAAUCAUCAACUCGUCUUGAUCCGGAGGACAUUCAGAUGGAAGGACAGGAAUCUGCCAAGCCUUUCAGUUCAGAGGAGCUGUCUGAUGCAGAUGUAAAGGUAGAAACCUCCGAUGCCCAAUCACUUCCCUACUACCUGCGUAACUUCCGGACCGUGCUGCACGCGGUGUUGGAGAACGAGGACGACGCGAUGCUCUUCAACCAGGAGGACAUGUCCGCCGUACAUGGAUUUCAGAGCUUGUCAGUUAUGGCUCAGAAGCUGUAUGUGAGGCUCUUUCAGAGGAAACUGAAGUGGCUGCAGGUAAAUAAACUGGAUUAUGGAGAGAUCUGCAGUGAUCUGGGAUCUGUUGCACAGGAACUGGUUCAGCUAGGUUUUCUACAGACAGAAAAGGACCUCGAGGAUCUUGUGGAGGCUCUGGAUCUGCUGCCGGCUCCUGAACUCAAAGCUCUUGCUAAGACUUUCCAUCUGGGCUGUUCUGGCACCCAAAAACAGCAGCUGGUCGACGGGCUUCUUCGUCUGAGCAGGCAGAAGUCUUUCUUCUCUCCAGCCUCCAGUCAAAGCAAAGUUGGGACAGUUAUUCUGAAACGGGCGAAGCAGCUUGCAGGCUCCUGUGUGCGUCUGUCUCGCGGGCCUCGGGCCGUCUUCUCCCGCAUCCUGCUGCUCUUCUCUUUGACGGACACGAUGGACGAGGAGGAAAUGGCAGCUGGAGGUCAGAAUCAGCUUUUCACCAUCCUGUUGGUGAACUCGGGUCGUCUGGCCUUUCCGGACUACACCGUGCAGCGAGAGGCCAAAGUGUUUCGAGAUAGAGAGGAUCUCAUCGGGUAUGAAGCGUCCAUGCGGGCCCUGAUAGAAGUCACCCUGGCGAUGCAGAGGGGUCAGUGGGAUCAGGCCCUGCAGCUUUACACUUCUGCCAAAAAAACCUGGAUUGAGCUCAACAGCAAGCAUGACCUGAGUCACCAGGAAGAGCUGCCAGUGUUCCUCCGCAGCUUUACGACAGGGUGGGCUUACACGCGGAUCUUAUCCAGAGGAGUGGAGAUUUUACAGAGGCUCCGUCGCUAUGAGGAAGCAGUAGAAGAGCUGCAGGCCCUGCUAAAGCAGGCCGUUUACUGUCCUGACAGCCGGGGCCGAUGGUGGGACAGGCUGGCUCUGAACUUUCACCAGCACCUCAAAAAACCUGAUCAAGCUAUCUGUGCUAUGAGGGACGGGCUGUCAGACCCUCUGGUGCGCACAGGACACAAACUCGCCCUCCAUCAGAGAGCUCUCCGGAUGAAAGACGCUCCCAGCUGCAAAAAGUACCGGCUCCAACUCAGAGAGCUUCCUGCGCUCCAAAUUCAAGACGUUAAACAUGUGACCAUUCGGGGUCAGCUGUUUCCUCAUGAAGGCGGCAUGGGAAAAUCUAGAUUUCUUUUACCAGAAAGUGAUGAAGGAGACGGGAGUGGUCGCUCGAUUGUAAUAUGCUCUGUAGAAGAGCUUAGUUUGGCACAUUACCGACAACUAGGCUUUGACCAAGGAAUCCAUGGAGAAGGAUCAACAUUCUCAACCUUGUUUGGUCUCCUGAUGUGGGACAUUAUCUUUAUGGAAGGUAUUCCAGACGUCUUCAGAAAUCCAUACCAGACUUGUCCUUUGGAUCUGUACACCGACUGUUUCUAUAAAAACAGACGGGAAGCUAUAAUCUCUCGCGUUCAGUUGCUCUGUGAAGCUUCUGUGGAAACUCUGUGCGCCAUGCUGGAAGAUGUCUGGACAUCUCAGGAGGGGAAAGUGUGUUCGCUGGUCAACUGGGAGCGUUUCUCGUCCCUCCAACAGGCAGAGUCUCUGAUUGCAUGUCUCGGUGGAGCUUUCCUUGGUGGAGUGAUUGACCGAAUGGCAAAAGACUACAGACACUGCAGAGGAGGUUUGCCUGACCUUGUUGUGUGGAACACCUCAAACAACACUUAUAAGUUGGUGGAGGUGAAGGGGCCCAACGAUCGUCUGUCUCAGAAGCAGCAGAUCUGGUUGGAUGAGCUGCAGAAACUCGGGGCCGACGUCGAGGUUUGUCAUGUGACGGCCACCGGAGCCCGUCUGCAGGAAAUAAGCAAAUAGAUUCUACUGAGACACAUUUAUCUGCCAAAACAGAAACAUCCUGGCAACAAGCUCCAAAAAGGAAAAAGAAAUGUUUGUGUAAUUUCUCCCAAAAUAUUAUUUUCCUGAAGAAUAUUUUGAUACAUACUAAAAAAUAUGUUAAACACAACUGGUAACUUUUAACUUUUAUAUUGUUCAUCAUAAGUGUUCUUACUUGAUGUAUUUCUGGUGUCUUCCCUCAUCUGCAUCAUGACUUCUAAUUAGUUGAUUGCGUUUAUCAUAAACUCCCAGUCAGGAGUUCACAUGCAGUCAUUAAGCUGUAUAAUUUUGUUGCUUUUUUGGGUUCAUUUUCCAGCUCAAACGCCAAACUGUUUCCACACCCAAUUGUUGGUUUUAAAUGUAAAAAUUAAGAAAAAGUGGUCUUUAUUACUCCAAUUACCUUGUCAAAUGCUCUAAUGCCUUUUAGCAGAAAAACAGACCCUUACCAUGAUGCUACCAACACCAUGCUACGCAGUAUUUUUAGGCUAGAAAGCCUGAAGAGUGCCAUCUGUUUCUUAUCUGACCAUAAAAUUUACUCCAAGAAGCAUUUUGCUUUUCCAUAUUGGGCCGGUUUAAAAUUCAGUCAAAUUCGAAUCUCUUAUUUUAAAUGCAGACAUUUCCUUCUUGGUUGGCAACCUUUCAGUGGUGCUUCCAGUUUGAGGUUGACUUGUGAGUUUCUGGAUUGUUAAUAAUCAUGGUGACCAUUUUUCUUACUUCCCAUAUUUAGCGACAUUUCAAACAAAAAAAAAAUUGGUAUUGGGUAAAAUCAGGCUUUUGAAAGAUCAAUAAUAGGCGAUCGGCAAAAAACUGCAAUCCUAAUCAGAUGGUUCAAACCUGGAAGCAUCUGAGUGUGCCAAGAGGUUAAUGAUCAAACAUCCAACUGGUUUUGGAAUGAAUGAGGCAGACUAGCAUUAAUAAUUUUGGAAAAACUCAAUGAAAUCAACAAGCUGCUAUUGUUUUCUGAAGCUUGUUGAUGAGUGCAAAAUGAGUUUUUCUCAAUUGAAUGUACACAUCUUAAGCUGUUUGUGUACAAAUUAAUAGUUAUGGGAGACUAAAACUGUCAAAAUUGUUCAACCAACGUCUUUUUCUUUCAUUUUAGCAACUAAAAAUCUUGUCCAUUCUGGGGAAAAAAAUAACUCCUUGAAGUAAAUAUUUUAUGUAAGUGAUGAGAAGAUGUGACCUUCUGACUAGCCCUAUAAAAUACACCAUAUGAUGAGCAUCAUAGCAGAGAGAAGAGAUAAUCAGAGGCAGACAGUUUGCAGAUAAUUAGAGUUAAUGCAUGAAUGGAUACAACCACCAGGAGGACCUUUAUUCUUCUAUUACAAUAGAAACAUGUAUCAUCAGUAUGUCAGGUUACCAAGCAACUAAAACAAAUCACAUUUUCUUUGGCAGCUUAAUCUGCAUCAACUCCAUGAGUUUCUCCUUCAAAUAAUUACUGUGUUAAUUGCCUAUAAUGAUGCUGAUUUGAUACUCAUGUAUUAAAUA